AUGGUUGUCGAUACUACAUACUACAAGACAUUGGAAGUGGAAGUCGAUGCCAGUGCCCAACAAAUCAAAAAGGCCUAUCGUAAACUUUCAUUGAAGUACCAUCCGGAUAAAAACCCUGCUCCAGAGGCAAAAGAGAAGUUCCAGGACAUAACAGCAGCUUACCAGGUGCUUUCUGAUGAGCAACUAAGAGCAAAAUACGAUAAAUAUGGUAAAGAAUCCGCAGUGCCAGAACAAGGGUUUGAAGAUCCGUCUGAAUAUUUUGCAAUGAUCUUUGGUGGGGAAGCAUUCAAAGAUUAUAUUGGGGAAUUGACGUUGUUGAGGGAUUUGGCAAAGACCACCGAAUUGUCCCAAGAAGCUGAAGAGACCGCUACUGAGACCACUGGGAAGGAAGAAUCUAGUAAUAAUAGUUCUGCCACAAAUAAUAAUGAACCAUCUAACUACUCCCAGCCACCGACCAUGGCAAGAUUAACUCUUGAAGAUAAAGUAAUACCAGAAACUGGAAAUCAUCAGCAGACUCACUCUCCUCAGCAUGUUUCUAACGAUAUCUCAAUUGCUGAACAACAAAAAAAAGAAGAAGAAGAAAGAAAGAGAAAAAUUGCCGAGAAGCAGAAAGAAGAGUUGAAGAAAUAUGAAGAAGAGGCCAGAUUGAAAAAAGAAGAAACAAGAAAAGAGUUGGUGAAUACCUUGAUUUUGAAAUUGUCAAUUUGGACCGAAAGUCCUAUGGAUAGAAAUUGUGCCAUGGCGUUUGAAGAAAAAUACAAGGCCGAAGCAGAGUUACUCAAGAUGGAAUCUUUUGGUUUGGAUAUACUUCACACUGUUGGGGACGUCUAUAUUUCUAAAGGUACUAUCUUCAUUAAAAGUCAGAAAUUUUUGGGAAUGGGCGGGUUCUUCUCAUCAGUUAAAGAAAAGGCAGGUGUGGUAAGUGAUACUUUCAAGACCAUUUCUUCAGCUUUGGAUGCACAAUCAACAAUGGAAGAGUUCACAAAAAUGCAAGAAAAGGAAGAAGGGAUCCCCGAACCAACCCCUGAGGAAAUUGCAGAAAUGGAAAAAUUGCUUAUAGGUAAAGUGUUAGCCGCUGCUUGGCAUGGAUCGAAAUUUGAAAUUCAAGGUACCGUCAGAAGUGUUUGUGAUUCUAUACUAUACGAUAAGCAAGCACCGUUAUCCAAGAGAAUGGAAAGGGCUCAAGCUUUAGUCAUAUUGGGGAAAGUUUUCAAAAAGACCACUAGAACUGCUGCUGAAAAUGAAGAAGCCAGAGUUUUCGAGGAAUUGGUGGCGGAGGCCCAAAAACACAAGGGUAGAAAACAGACCAAGAAAGCCAAAAAGGAAGAAAAGGAUAAAGUUGCUGGAGGGGCUGCUGCUGAUGCAUUUGCUUCAGUUGCAGAAGACCAUGAUAAUUUGAAUGGGAGAUCAGGAAUUUGA